AUGUCGGACAAGCCGAUCUUUGUGGCUACGCAUCCGCGAGCAUGCUCGACGGCCUUUGAGCGAGUCUUCAUGACUCAGCGAGAUACUAUCCAAUGUGUCCAUGAACCAUUUGGUGAUGCAUUCUACUACGGUCCGGAGCGUCUCUCUAGCCGAUUCGCAGGCGAUGAGCAUGCACAAGAACGCCUGGACAGUGGAUUCGCCAAUUCCACAUAUAAUACUGUGAUGGAAAGGCUCGAGCGAGAAGCUACUCAGGGAAAGAGAAUCUUUAUUAAAGAUAUCGACCACUACCUGCUUCCACCGAAUGGCCAGCCUGCCAGCAUCGCCCCGUCUCUACUGCGCGUUAAGCGAGGAGUCGGCACCAACGGCGACUCGCACACGGCCAAUGGUGUGAACGGUGCCAACGGUACCCACACCAACGGCCACUCCGCCACGCCAAACGGUCACACCAACGGGGUCAACGGAGCCUCGAACGGUACCAACGGCGCGGCGAACGGUGUGAACGGUCAUCACGAGAUGAACGGCCACACUAACGGUGCGACCAACGGCCACACCAAUGGGAUUCCCAAGGAGCCCUACCCGUACGACACACCCACGGAGCCGGGCAACCCGACCGUUAUGCCGCGCGAGCUGCAAGAGCAGUUCCACUGGGCAUUCCUAAUCCGCGACCCGCAUUACAGCGUGACCGGGUUCCACAACUACGACCCGCUGGAGGCCGGGUAUGAUGAGCUGCGCCGGCACUUCGAUUAUCUGCGUGACAGUGGAUUGGUCGGGCCCCGGGUUGCGACGCGUCCGGAUCUGAGCUCCCAGAGUGACGCGCAGGCGACUACUGGUAUUGAGGUGUGUGUCAUCGAUGCGGAUGAUAUGCUCGACGAGCCGGCCAAGACCAUCGAGGCUUUCUGUAACAGUGUUGGUCUCCCGUACCGCCCGGAGAUGCUGACGUGGGAUACGGAGGAGGAACAUGCUGUUGCUCGGAAUGCGUUCGAGAAAUGGCGUGGAUUCCAUAAUGAUGCUAUUGAGUCGAGCGCUCUGGUGCAGAGAGCUCAUAAACGUGCCGUGAAGACCGAGGAGGAGUUUGACGCCGAGUGGCAGAAGAAGUAUGGUGAAAAGCGGGCUGCUCUCAUCCGCCAGACAGUUGAUGCCAACAUGGCCGACUACCUGUACCUCAAGUCAUUCGCCGUGAAGGUUUAG